AUGAUUAACCCAGCUAGAAUCCGACAAUAUUUACCAAGUAAAGCUUUUUGUGUUCAAGUUGUUUCGGCAGGUACUCUAGCCGCUGUAGGGAAUGUAAUAUGUCAAAAAUAUGUUGAGAAACGUGAACAUGUAGACAGGCGGCGAGUAUCACAAUUUGCAUUGACAACAAUGAUUAUCGUGGUUCCUAUACAAUUCCACUGGUUUCGAUUCCUCGAUCGUCGUAUUACUGGUAAAGGGAGACUUCAAACCGCAAUGAAGAGAGUUAUUGUUGAUCAAAGUUGUUUGGCUCCUCUUCUAACUGGAGCUUUUCUAUUCUCUGUCAAUUUUAUGGAUUCUCAUUCAACAAAUAAUGCUUUACAAAGAACAAAACGAAUUUAUUUGGAUGUAAUGACAAAUAAUUAUAAGUUUUGGCCUUUUCUACAAGCAGUUAAUAUGACUAUGAUUCCGUUACACUUUCGUGUAAUAUUUUUACAAUUUUUUGCCAUCUUUUGGAACAUUUAUGUUUCAUACAAAGCUAACGUUCUGUGAACGAAUAGAGGAUCUUAUACAAACAAUUAGAGCUUUUUGUUAGGAAAACAUGUUUAUUUUUGUUAAUUUACCCCCUUAUUUUUAAU